UUUACAAAGUUUUCUUUGGUGAAUAAUAUAUUUUGCGUGCUGUUGAAGUAUUGUUUUAACGUGUAUAUAAUUUGUUAUUUCUGGUAAGUCGACAACAAAACAAAAUUACAAAGUCCUUAUUAAAAAUUACAAAAAAACAUACCUUUUACUAUAUUAACUAAAUAGUAAAAUCAUAUUUGUGUGCGAUGAUGUUUGCGUUGAAAGAGUGUGGAUAUUUGACAAAUUUAUAUAUGCUAACAUAUAUUGUUCAUUGAAAAGUUUAGUUAUAAAUAUAUAGUAAAAAAAAACCAGAAAAAAAUAAAAGUUUUCAGAGCAAGUCUCUGAAAUUAUGACAAAGCACUGUUUUUAAGUUUGUAGGUGUCUUACAAAAACAAAAAUGAUACUCGCCGAUCGCUUUAACUGGGGUCAAAUAACCAGUUAUUAGAAAGGUCAAUAUUAUAAAUUAAAGGAAUAACAAUGAAGAAUUUAUUGGACGUGAUGUCAGUUCAAAAACGAUCUGAAGCGAAUAAAAUUCAGAAACAGAAACCAACAGAUUAUCGAAAAGUGGAUAAGCCUGGUGUUGUGCCACGUUUCCUAUUUGAAUGUGCUAUUAAACUGCAAAUUAAGCCACUGACCUCAGCAAGUGCAGCUAUAAUUUUUCACCGCUUCUUUAAAGAAGUAUCAAGCAGUGAUUACGAUGAAUAUCUUAUUGCUGCUUCCGCAUUAUACCUAGCAGGAAAAAUUAAGGAUGAUCCUGUGAAAAUCCGAGACGUUAUUAAUGUUACACAUAACACCUUAAAUCGUGGGACACCACCACUAGAACUAGGAGAUGAAUAUUGGUCGAUACGUGAUGCCAUAGUCCAAGCGGAGUUGCUAAUCGCUCGCACUUUGAAAUUUGAUUUGAAUAUUGAACAUCCACACAAGUAUUUGCUUUACUAUAUGAAAACGCUGCAAUCUUGGUUAGGUCAUACUAUUUGGUCAUCAGUACCGAUAGCAAAAUCAGCAGCUUCGUUUCUUCAAGAUUUUCAUCACAGCUUAAAAAUCCUAAACCACAAACCAUCACACGUUGCAAUAUGUUGUCUGUCUUUAGCAUUACAAUCGUAUGGCAUUCAGGUCCCACUUGCUGAUGAAUCCGAUGAAGCAUCCAUGUGGUAUACGCCAUUUGUGAGCGAUUUGACAAAAGAAAAACACUGGGAAAUUAUUGAAGAUAUAAUAGAGACUUAUAAGCAAGAAAGCGAAAUCAAUUCUGUUUGAAGGAAACUACUGAAUUUAUAUCUAAUAAGCAUAGAUACUUACGUUUGAGUAAUAUGUUAAAUUUGUGAUAAGGAAAUUCUUCAAGCUAUAAAAUUGGCUAUGGUUUAUUUCUGCCUCGUAUUUUAGUUUACUUCCAUUGAAACUGAAUUCCAUUGACAUUUAAAGUAUACCUGCAUACCGACCUUAUUAAACUAUGCAUGUAUCAUGAUAACUUGUAAGUUUAAUUAAA